GUAAUGGAGACAUGCCAUAAGUGUGCAAGUGCAAUGUUGAAGAGAGUUGUGUAGUCCCCUUGGGCGAUGCGGCAUAGUCCCUGUGUCACAACCUUCCAUUUCCCCUUCUUCUUCUUCUUCUUCUUCGUCUUCUUCUUCUUCUCGUUCUACAAAUCUCGAAUUGCGCACGAAGCCCUAGCACCGGAAAAUGGAUGACGAGGAGAGAGAGAGACUUCUGGAGAGGGAGAGAUUGCAAAUCCAGGUGAUUCGCCAGCUCGAUCUCGAGGACCUCGAAGUCGAAGAAGUCGAUCACUCCGGUGACGACGACGACGACUACGCCAACGAGGAGUAUGCGCAAUACCUCUCACAAUUCACUUCUCCCACUCCUGAUCCUGACUCAUCCGUUGAAUUCACUUUCGAUACCUAUAUCGCGCCUUUGCAUACGUAUCUCGGUGAUGUCGAAGACACGCGCCACAGGACGGCGUUGUUGGACGGUGGUGCUGUUGUCAACGUUCCACUCUUCAGUCUCCAAGGAGUUGUACUCUUUCCCGGGGCCACUCUUCCCCUUAGAGUUAUUGAACCUCGUUUCGUGGCUGCUGUUGAGAAAGCUUUGACUCAAGACAAUAUUCCUUACACCAUUGGUGUGAUUCGAAUUCACAGGGAUACUGCAAAUCUUAGGAUGAAAUCAGCAAGCAUUGGGACCACUGCAGAGAUUCGACAAUUUGGGCGUCUGGGGGAUGGUACACUGAAUGUUGUUACCCGUGGACAACAACGAUUUCGCCUAAGACGGACCUGGAAUGAUGUGGAAGGAGUGCCUUAUGGAGAGAUCCAAAUUAUUGAGGAAGAUCUGCCACUGAGAGCACCAAGGGUUGCUUUUGGAAAAUUAGCACCAUUGAGUAAUAGUCAAGCAGUCUCACAUAUGGUGUCUCCAAAGUAUUCUCACAUUAAGAUGCAAAGCUCAAAGAAUGAGGAAAGUGAUUCAGAAGAGAGUUUUGAGAGUGAGCUCUCACUGAUGGAAAAGAAAGUCCAUCUAUCAGUUGUUGGCUCCAGUAUUGUGCAUGAUUCAAUGGAUGAAUCAGAAAAUAGCAGUGACUUUAAAUUCAUGCACAAGCCAGAUCAGGAAAUUAGAUCCUAUCUGGAUUCAAGAACUGGGGACUGUUCCACUUCUAGAAAACAGUCAUCGAAAGAAGAGCUUAAUAGAUGUAAAAACAUGUGUGCCUACCCAGCUCAUAAAAUUUCAAAAGCAUUCUUGCCCCAUUGGGCAUAUCAGAUGUUUGACUCUUAUUGGCUUGCACAAAGGGCUGCAGAUAUGUGGAACCGAAUAGUUGCAGUGCCUAAGAUGGAUAGUCUCGUUAAGAAGCCUGAUGUGUUAUCAUUUCACAUCGCCAGUAAAAUACCUGUGUCUGAGUCUACAAGGCAGGAGCUUUUGGAUAUUGAUGGCGUUGUAUAUAGGCUGCGUAGAGAAAUUGAAUUACUAGAAAAGAUUGAGCUUAUCCGGUGUAAGAGCUGCCAGACUAUAAUUGCAAAACGAAGUGAUAUGUUGGUGAUGUCAAGUGAGGGUCCUCUUAGUGCAUAUGUGAAUUCAGGUGGUUAUGUGCAUGAGAUAAUGACUCUUUACAAGGCAAAUGGUUUAGCUCUCAUUGGGCCAGCAGUAGCAGAAUACAGUUGGUUUCCUGGGUAUGCGUGGACAAUCGCUACUUGUGCAACAUGUAAAACCCAAAUGGGAUGGCUUUUUACAGCCAGGAACAAAAAACUGAAACCCAGCUCUUUCUGGGGGAUUCGAAGCUGUCAACUUGCAGCAGAAAUACGCGGGAGCCUUUAAUUCUACUGAUGUAGCCGUGAGUUUGAUUUGGUGUGAAAGCCACGUUCAAGUACAAGUAGCACCGCAUGGUUAUGUAUAUAAUGCGACUUUCUUGUAGCACUGCGCCUGUUGAUAUUACGUAUAUUAGUAAAUAUAUGUUUGCCACAGGUUGACAGAGAUAAAAUCACACAUAAAGAUAAUUUUAGAUGCAGAGUUUUUGCGAACUCUUAUAGUUGUGGUGUUUUACAUGUUAGAUGAAGAAGCUGUUUAUUUAAUUUAAACGAGAUAGAUGUCUGUUUUGUUAAGAGGUUUUUCGUCCGUUCUGCCCGAGCUGCUAGCUAAAAUUGGUUUUGAAAAUAAUGUAAUGUAUGAAUUAAGUAAAUUAUUAUAUACUCAUUUUAUUUUA